CCAGCAAAGAACAGUCCGUCGUCGCGCAGCCUCCGGGGAGCAUGGAGAUCGAGGUCGCGCAUGGAGACGAAGGCCGAGAAGAGCAUGACGAUGGGCUCUUCCUGGACGCGCUAUCCCACGAUGAAGGCGCGCUGUCACCGACGGCGCAGCUCCGCGAGCUCGACCUGCACGAAGAUCACUUUGUCGAGCAGCAUCGAUCGCCAGUGACAGACCUCUCGUUCUCGAUGAUGCUCGAGACAAAGAGCAAGAGUCGAAGCCUCUCGAAGAAGCGUUUGGGCUACCCGCGGUCCGGGCCCUACAUGCUCUCGACGCUCAAGGAAGAGACCGACUCUCCCGAGCCGCGGUCGGCGAAGCGCAACCCGUUCCAGUACAACUCGGACGAGAACGACGCAGACGAGCUCGCUUGGGAGCUCAAGGAGCAGCUCGCCCAGGAGCGUGAAGACGACAACGCGUGGUCCCACAGCGACGUGCAGGGCGAAGACGUCUACCGUUUCGUGCAGCCGCGCCGCCUCUCGUCCUGGGUCCAAGACGACGCGGUGUACGCGUGCUUCAAGUGCCACACGGAGUUUACGCUCCUCAUCCGAAAGCACCACUGCCGCGCGUGCGGGCGCAUCUUUUGCAACGUGUGCUCCAACCAGCGCCUCGUCAUCCCCAUCGACUACGAGUCGACGCCCGUGUCGUACGCCAUGCACGGCCAGGCGCAGUACGCGUCCUACUCGAGCGCGAUUGCGUCCAAUGCCACCGAAGUCAUCGGGUCGCUCGGGUACUAUGUCUGGUCGUACAACUCGGCGACGCCCGCGCUCUCGGCGUCGGCGGACGACUUUACCGAGUUCCACGGCAGCUGCUCGAGCUCCUCGACGUCGUUUCUCGACGAGAUGCAGCACUCGGCCGAGCUCGAGCGCGACCGCUUUCUGCGCAGCAUGACGAGCCUCGAGCAGCGCGGCGUCGUGGCCAAGUUUACGCCGUCGGCAGUCUCAUUGCACAAGCUCAAGAUGCUUCAGCAGGCGCCAAAAGGAAGCGUGCUGCAGCGUGUUUGUGACGACUGCGCGUCGGCUCUGCAGCAGCGCCGACAGCACUACAACACGGUUCGGGUGUUUGAGCUUUGCGGAUGGGACAUCCAGACUCUGCGUGUGCUGGGGCAGGUCUGCCGCAAGUGGCACCGCGCGUCCAUCAUGUGUCUCUCGACGUUCCGGCAGAUCCAGUACUACCUUCCGUCGCACCCGCUCAGUCCGCGCGAGAAGGACCUUCUCAUCCGCAACCGCCGCUUCCUCGCAGGUCAUUCCAAAUGGCUACUGCAGCUCGUCAAGGCCGUUGAUGUCUCCAAGGAACACUCGACCGACCCGAUCGUCGACGAUAUCUUGGCACUCAUGCAAGCGCCGCGCACGCACAACUGCAUGCUCACCAUGUGCUCGCGGCUCUGCCGGCACGAGCUCGAGAGCGUCGACGCGCUUGAGAUUCUCUCCAACGCCAACGUCCAGCACAUUGGCUUGCGCGACCUCUGCGUGCGCGCGCUGCAGCGAAAGGCAUCGCCGGACGACUGGAUGAGCUUCCUCCCCAUUGUGCUACACUCGCUCAGCGUCGAGACGUGCGCUAGCAGCCUCGGCAAUGCGAUCGUCUCGCAAGCGCUCGUGAACCCGCGCUUCUGCAGCGACCUCUACUGGGGCCUCUCGGUGCUUGCCGAAGACCGCCGCUGCCGACGCAAAUUUGACGGCUUCCGACAGCGCCUCCUCCUCCGCCUCGUGGCGGCCAACGGUGACAUGGCGUCCCAGCUGCUUUACGGCCAAGAGUUUGUCGACAUCUUGUGGCAGCUGCCGCACCGCGCCGAGCAGAGCGUCGUCGUGAGUCGGCUCGAGCACGAAGUGUCCAAGUCGGGUCUUUUUGCCGCGACGCCGCUCCGACUACCGGUCGAGCCGAUGCUCACGAUCUCGGGCAUCCAGUACGCGUCGCUCAAGGUCAUGCGCAGCGCAGAGGCCCCGGUCAUCGUCACGUGCACGGGCGUCGAGAACGCUGACGCAUCGCCGUCAACGCACGCACUGCGACAAACGUACCGGCUCAUGUACAAGCGUGACGAUCUGCGCAAGGACGCAGCCGUGCAAAACAUCAUCCGCGUCAUGUACACGAUCCUCAAGCAGGAGACGCAAAUGUUCAACUCGGCGCUCGUCACGUACCGUGUGAUCCCGACGUCGAGCUACGACGGACUCAUCGAGAUCGUCGAGAACGCCCAUACGCUCUACGCCAUCAUUCGCGAGCACGGCAACAUCAUGCAUUUUUUACACCACUACAACGGCCACCGCACGCUCAGUGACAUUUCGACGUCGUUUCGCGAGUCGUUGGCGGCCUACACCGUCAUUACGUUUCUCCUCGGCGUCGGGGACCGGCAUGCAGAGAACGUCAUGCUCACGAACGACGGCAACCUCUUCCACAUCGACUAUGGCUUUAUCUUGGGGAAGGACCCAAAGCCGCUCCAGCCACCCAUGCGCCUCGAUAAGAACAUGCUCGAUGCGCUCGGCGGACCGCUUCAGGUCGAAGCUUUCAAGAACUCGUGCGUCGUCGCCUUCAACUGCCUACGGCGCCACGUGAGCUUGUUCUUGCUCAUGCUGCGGCUCGUGGUCGAUGCCAUUCCGGAGAUUACGGAUUUUGGCGUCAACUACACGCAGGCCGACCUCGACGCGUUUGUCAUCGAGCGCUUCUUGCCCGGGCAGUCGGACGAAGAGGCGGCGACCGCGCUCAAGCUGCGCAUGGAAGGCAAGUUCAACGAGAAGAUUGGCUUGACGCUGAGCGACUUUGUCCACGCCCAUGCGAGCGAAAAGACGGUCACAAAGGGCAUGAGCUCCGUCAAGGUCGGCGUCGAAAGCGUCGGUGGCGCCGUGCACUCGGUCGCCAACUCGCUCACAAGCAGCGCCAGCUCGCUCCUCAAGUACGUCUGGGGCAGCAAUAUCGGGUCCUGAGGCGUCUGUGAUUGUUUAAAACACAUUUAACUAUCGACUCUUCCUUGUCCA